AUGUUUCCCCUCCUCCCGCUAGAACUUUACCUUAAAAUUGCAAGUUACAUCGACGAGGAUGACAUUCCCACUCUUUACUCUUGCAUUCUCGUUAACCGACAAUCAUUUUUCAGUUAUAUCAGUAUUCUCUGGCGCAAACCGUUUCACAUAGCUCAUCGUCUUCCCCGAUACAAAGUCGUAAACUUGGUUAAAGUGUGUAUCUCUACCUUUACCGCGGACGAGAAACGACAAUUGAGCACACGGAGUAUCAGAUUUCCGACUCAGUCUUCGACGCCGCUUAUUAAUUAUAUUAAAUUUAUAGAGUGUGUGUCAGACGCAUACAUCAUUAAGGCUUUAAUGUAUUUUCCUGGAGUAUCAACAAUUGAAUUAUGGAAAGUCUUGAUAGAGAAACUGGUCAAUGAUGCUGCAAAAAUCAAAUGUCUUGAGAUACAAAAUUUUGCAUUGUAUUGGUCAUGUAUGCAGUUGGAUCAGACUCUGUUUAAGAUGCGUGAAGUCAAAGUACUCAAAGUAAAGAGAAUUACUAGGGAACAAGUGAAAAUAUUAACCAAAUUUGUAGCAAUUCAGAAUAGUUUAGGAGAAGCAUUUUUUGGAGAAGUGUAUACUGGGAUAGGAGAGAUAAUAGAAGCUUUAGAAAGUUACAGAGAGAGAAAAGGUUCUUUAUAUAAAGUAGGCUUUAGGAAUUGUAAUUUCCUAAGAAAUGCAUAUGCAUGUGAUGUUAUGAGAUUUUUUAAAAUGAUGGAUAAUGUUUUAUUGAAUGCUUGUAGUGGAUUAGAUUAUGAAAUGAUGAGAAAGUUGAAAUGUAAAAUGAAAGACAAUUUAAAUAUUGAUAAUAUAUCAUUAUAUGAUACUUAUAGUAUAUUUUGGUGUUAA